GCAGAUCUGCAAUGAAAUUCAGCAGGCGAAAAAGCAAGAGCUCUGUUAUGCGUGGAAACGAUCAAGCUAGCAAAGCACAUCGCAGCAUGGGUCCAGAUUACGGUCAAGUCGUUCAACUCGCGCGUUUUAGGUGAGCCAAGCACGUGGCAGGAGCGGCCAGGUCAACUUCCUCAAAUGGCUUGUUGAUAUCUCGUACUAUUUAUGGCAGACUGAUGGAUCGGCAUGUCAGAAACUACAAAUCUUUGAGUAACCAAGUGUACAAGAUAUUGUCAGCGAUGAUGAUUCCGGCAGCAAGUACUGCGGCAACGGCGCUGCUGCUGCUGAUGCAGCUCUGCUUGGCGGCAGCUCAGGCCAGAGAUGCAGGGCCGUCGCCGGGCUGCCCAACCAGCUGCGGCAACGUGAGCGUGCCUUACCCGUUUGGCAUGGGCUCAGGCUGCUAUCACCCUGGCUUUGACCUCACCUGCGACCGGACGCGCCAGUCCCCACGGCUGCUACUAGGCGACGGCACCCUCCGGAUCGUGGAGAUCUCGCUGGCCAACUCCACGGUGCGCGCCAUGAACACUGCCGGCGCCGUAAACAUCACCAACGACUCGGGCGCUGGCGGCAACGGCACAUGGCGCGGCCUCGGCUCCGACAGGGGCAGCACUUACAUCGUCUCCGAGAAGCGCAACCAGUUCGUUGUCACGGGGUGCAACAUCCAGGCCAUGCUGGUCGGGGGCAGCAGCAACGUCAUCACCGGCUGCUCCUCCAUCUGCUCCAUCACCGACAAGUGGACGGGCGCCGUGGUAAGCAGCCCCGGCUCCGGCUCGUGCUCCGGAAUCGGCUGCUGCGAGACGCCCAUCCCCAUCGGGCGCCCCUCCUACGGCGUGGAAAUCAAGCACCUGGACUCGUCCAACGAGUUGACCGGCCGGUUGCCCAUGGCGGUGCGCAUCGCCGAGAAGGGUUGGUUCGAUAGCGUCGCCGCCCAGAUGCUGAACAACUCAGAGAGGGACACGUCGCUCCAGACCGAGGUUCCGGUGGUGCUGGAGUGGGCUGUGGCGUCCACCCCGGUGGUACUGCCGGGAGUGGCAGCCAACAACUCGGCCGCCUGUCCCACGGACGCGGCCAGCAGCGCGUGCCGUAGCAGCAAUAGCUACUGUCAAAACGUCACUGGCAACUACCGCAGUGGCUACGUGUGCCGGUGCCAGGAAGGGUACGACGGCAACCCCUACGUUGCCGACGGAUGCCAAGAUAUUGACGAGUGUGCUCUGCCGGGGAAGUGCUUCGGCGUGUGCAAAAACACAUUAGGAUCGUACGUGUGCCAGUGCCCGAGCGGUGCUCAUGGGAACCAGCACAUCAAAGAUGGCUGUGUCAAAUCUUAUCUAGGGUUAAGCAUUGGUCUUGGAGUCGGCAGCGGCGCUGGUCUUUUGUUCCUGGUACUCGGUGCUGCCUUUGUGACCCGUAGGAUUAAGAAUCGGAGGGCACGAAUGCUGAGGCAGAAAUUUUUCAAGCAGAACCGUGGACACUUGUUGCAACAAUUGUUAUCUCAAAAGGCGGACAUCGCUGAGAGGAUGAUCAUCCCCUUGGUAGAACUAGAGAAGGCCACAAACAAUUUCGACAAAGCUCGCGAGCUUGGUGGAGGAGGGCACGGUACCGUCUACAAAGGGAUCCUAUCCGACCAGCAUGUCGUCGCAAUCAAGAAAUCAAAAAUGACAAUUCAAAGAGAGAUUGAUGAGUUCAUAAAUGAGGUAGCUAUUCUCUCGCAAAUCAACCAUCGGAAUGUGGUAAGACUUUUCGGAUGCUGCCUUGAGACAGAAGUGCCACUGUUGGUUUAUGAAUUCAUUUCAAAUGGAACCCUUUAUGACCAUCUUCAUGUUGAAGGACCAACAUCAUUGACAUGGGCGCAUAGGCUGAGAAUCGCUACAGAAACCGCUAGAUCCCUUGCCUACCUUCAUAUAUCUGUGUCAUUCCCUAUAAUCCACAGGGAUAUCAAGUCCCAUAAUAUUCUAUUAGAUGGCUCUCUAGCGGCAAAAGUGUCUGACUUUGGAGCUUCAAGGUGUAUUCCGGCUGACCAAACAGGGAUUACAACCGCUAUCCAAGGAACAUUGGGAUACCUAGACCCCAUGUACUACUACACCGGGCGACUCACUGAGAAGAGCGAUGUUUUUAGCUUCGGUGUCGUUCUUAUAGAGCUGCUGACCAGAAAGAAGCCAUAUUCAUUCAGAUCACCUAAGGAUGAUGGCCUAGUAGCACAUUUCACUGCCUUGCUCUCUGAGGGCAACUUGGUUCACAUACUCGAUCCUCAGAUCGUGGAGGAGAGAGCUGAAGUGGGAGAAGCAGCAGCAUUAGCUGCGGCAUGUGUCAAGCUGAAAGCCGAGGACCGGCCGACCAUGAGACAGGUGGAGAUGACCCUUGAAAGCAUAGCAUCACUACAACAGGUUGUGAUGCAUAGUGAGGGUACAAAGAUAUCCAAAGAAAAACAAAUGGCAGUGAGCUAUCCAACAGCUGAGGGCAGAAGCCGGGAGGAGUCAAGUAGGCAGUACAGUCUUGAAGAAGAGUUCUUGUUGUCGGCAAGGUACCCCCGGUAGUGAUUUCUUGUGAGUUGAAUUAAGAACUGGCUUAUGUCCUGGUACAAAAUUCUGAAAGCUUCUGUGCUUUUGAUGCAUUUGAUAGCCAAAAUGAAACAUGCUCUUUUGAAUAUAUUUGGAGCACAUUCGUCUGAAUCUAUAUAUUUUUAUUCAUUUCCAUAGUAGUAUUUGCCAAUCACCCGUCUUCCUAGGCCAUUCUAGCCUGCUAACUAGUCUAAAAUUGUAAACUUUCAUUCAUUGGGGGUGUCUAAUAUGAGUUGGAGCACUAAUCUCCAUUGUCGACGCCGCCACGACCUCUUGCGUGAAACAUAUUGACAACCUAUUCCGUUUCCCAUCUAGCACACCCCCGCUACUCUUUCCUGCAGGUGUUAU